GAUUGGCCAGAUUCCUCCAUGGCUGGAGCCCGCCGCCUACGACGUCCCUGAGAACUGAUUUGAAAUAAGAGCCCAGGCUGUCCUGGCUUCCCUGCACCCGACUUUUCAUAGGCUGGGAAAGGAAAGGUUGAGAAACUUGACAUUGUCUCGGGGCAGAGUGCGUGUAGCAACAGAUCAAAGAAAAAGAGGACGAGAAAACGUGCUCUUGGCUGCCUGUGGAUUCCGCCGGUUGCUUUUGUCUCGCGGGCUUCUGUUGGCUUUGGUGUCUCUCCCCUCGGAAGACUCCGGCGGGCGCAUUGAUGCCGCUCACUCCCUGCCGGAUGGGUCAUGGAAUUCUAAACAUGAGUCAGAUAGCUGAUCAGCUUCCUGGGAUUUUGCUGAUGACUCCGGAGAGCUUUGCCUGAAGAUGGAAACGCUCGAGUCGGAGCUGACCUGCCCUAUUUGUCUGGAGCUCUUUGAGGACCCUCUCCUGCUGCCCUGUGCACACAGCCUCUGCUUCAACUGUGCCCACCGCAUCUUGGUGUCGCACUGUGCCACCAACGAGCCUGUGGAGUCCAUCAGCGCUUUCCAGUGCCCCACCUGCCGGCAUGUCAUCACGCUCAGCCAGCGAGGUCUAGACGGGCUCAAGCGCAACGUCACCCUGCAGAACAUCAUUGACAGGUUCCAGAAAGCCUCGGUGAGCGGGCCUAAUUCCCCUAGCGAGACCCGCCGGGAGCGGCCCUUCGACGCCAACACCAUGUCCUCUGCCGAGAAGGUGCUCUGCCAGUUCUGUGACCAGGAUCCUGCCCAGGACGCUGUGAAAACCUGUGUCACUUGCGAAGUGUCCUACUGCGAUGAGUGCCUGAAAGCCACUCACCCGAACAAGAAGCCCUUCACAGGCCAUCGUCUGAUUGAGCCAAUCCCGGACUCGCACAUCCGGGGCCUGAUGUGCCUAGAGCACGAGGAUGAGAAGGUGAAUAUGUACUGUGUGGCCGAUGACCAGUUAAUCUGUGCCUUGUGUAAACUGGUUGGGCGGCACCGCGAUCAUCAGGUGGCAGCUUUGAGUGAGCGCUAUGACAAAUUGAAGCAAAACUUAGAGAGCAACCUCACCAACCUUAUCAAGAGGAACACAGAACUGGAGACCCUUUUGGCUAAACUCAUUCAAACCUGUCAGCAUGUGGAAGUUAAUGCAGCACGUCAAGAAGCCAAAUUGACUGAAGAGUGCGAUCUUCUCAUUGAGAUCAUUCAGCAAAGACGGCAAAUUAUUGGAACCAAGAUCAAAGAAGGGAAGGUGAUGAGGCUUCGCAAACUGGCUCAGCAGAUUGCAAACUGCAAGCAGUGCAUUGAGCGCUCAGCAUCGCUCAUCUCCCAAGCAGAACACUCUCUGAAGGAGAACGACCAUGCCCGCUUCCUGCAGACUGCCAAGAAUAUCACUGAGAGGGUCUCCAUGGCAACUGCGUCCUCUCAGGUCCUCAUUCCUGAAAUCAACCUCAAUGACACAUUUGACACCUUUGCCUUAGAUUUUUCCCGAGAGAAGAAAUUGCUAGAAUGUCUGGAUUACCUUACAGCUCCCAACCCUCCCACAAUUAGAGAAGAGCUCUGCACAGCUUCAUAUGAUACCAUCACUGUCCACUGGACAUCCGAUGAUGAAUUCAGUGUGGUCUCCUAUGAGCUCCAGUACACCAUAUUCACCGGACAGGCCAAUGUCAUUAGUCUGUGUAACUCGGCUGAUAGCUGGAUGAUUGUGCCCAAUAUCAAGCAGAACCACUACACAGUACAUGGUCUGCAGAGUGGCACCAAGUACAUCUUCAUGGUCAAGGCCAUCAACCAGGCAGGCAGCCGCAGCAGCGAGCCUGGCAAGUUGAAGACAAACAGCCAACCAUUUAAACUGGAUCCUAAAUCUGCUCAUCGGAAACUGAAGGUGUCCCACGAUAACCUCACAGUAGAACGUGAUGAGUCAUCAUCUAAAAAGAGCCACACGCCUGAACGCUUCACCAGCCAGGGGAGCUACGGAGUAGCUGGAAAUGUGUUCAUUGAUAGUGGCCGGCAUUACUGGGAAGUGGUCAUAAGUGGAAGUACAUGGUAUGCCAUUGGCCUUGCUUACAAAUCAGCCCCAAAGCAUGAAUGGAUUGGGAAAAACUCUGCUUCCUGGGCCCUCUGCCGCUGCAACAAUAACUGGGUGGUCAGACACAACAGCAAGGAGACCCCCAUUGAGCCAGCCCCUCAUCUCCGGCGCGUUGGCCUUCUGCUGGACUAUGACAGCGGCUCCAUCGCCUUUUAUGAUGCUUUGAACUCCAUCCACCUCUACACCUUCGAUGUGGCAUUUGCGCAGCCUGUGUGUCCCACCUUCACUGUGUGGAACAAGUGUCUGACGAUCAUAACUGGUCUUCCUAUCCCAGACCACUUGGAUUGUACAGAGCAGCUGCCUUGAGUGUCUGAUCACAUACACCUGCUUUCUAGAGGCAUGAAUAAGGUUGAGGCCAUUAUUUAGGGAACCAAGAGAGCAGAGGCUUUGAAAAUCUGAUUAAAUCUCCCCCAAAGUAUCCAGAAAUGAAACAAGAUAGGGCUCAAUAUGGGAGAGUGCUUUCCUCUUACUGUGUUUUGUAUUAAGUACAGGCUUUAAUAGUUUCUUUAAUUUUUUUUGUAUUUAGAGGAAAAUCUAUAGAAUUAUUUAUAAAAGAAACAUAAUCGGAAUUACAACUCUUAGGAAUUACUUGGUUUUGCACAAGGAGAGGCCCAUAAGUUUACCAGAUCUUUACGCCUUUUAAUUUCAUCACCAUUUAUGGGUUUGCAAAAAAAAAAAAAAAACUUUUUGUAGAUUUCUGUGUUUAUUCAUCUUCUCACAUACUAUUUCAUACUGAGCCCAUGGGAAGUCUUAUCACUUUAACAGUGCAUAACAAAACAUGCAGCUAUUUUUAAAAAUAUAAAGUAAUUUUGAACUAAUUAGGGAUAUAAACAAGUUUUCUUAUAAUGAUUUGAUUUGGAAGUGUUUGUAACUGUGAUGUCAAAUCUCUUGUUGGAUCAUCUAGAAUGGAGAAAGAGAAUGUUCAGAAUUGACUGAACUUUAGACUUAGCUAUGACUUAUCCUUUAACUUCCUUCUGAUGACUAGAGGAAUAAUGUUAGGAUGAAAGGUUCUGGAGCUUUGGUUGUAUGUUACCCCUCUUUUCUAAGAGAUUUGGGGCUAACAUUAUGAAUGAGAUUACAAUUGAAAAUAGUGACUUUGAUUUUCUGCAGGUUAUUAAAAAAUACAGGCUGAUUUGUCUUUUAUCAGAAGUAGGAUACUGUUUCAUGCUUUAAUAGUUUUAUCUUUAGGCCUGUGAAAAUUCUUCAUUACAUUUAAUAGUUGUCCUAUUUCCCCCUCCACAAGUCAUUUUUUUCUUUUAUACCUGGGACUCAGGAAAUAAACCUGUUAUUUCAUGAGUGAAAACUAUACUUUGAAUUGAUUUUGCUCUCUGGGAUCAGUGUAUGUCCCAGACCCCACAACCACAUCCAAGUAUAAGAAGGAGUAAUAACAAGGGACAUUGCAAAGGUACAAUUUACUACUGUAUAUCCUUUAAAAUAUUACAAACAGAAUCUUAUUAAACACAUCUUGAUAGAUAUAGAAGUUCCUCUAUUUUAUAGUGUAGCUUACCUUAGAGUUGUAUGACAAAAAAGAAAAUUUAAACUCUUCAUAUGCAGGCACUUUAUUGAACCUGCUAAUGAAAUGUCAGAUGAGUGUUUUAUUUUAUUAUUAUUUUUUGCAUGCCGAUCUGACACAUUGGAAUGGUCCCUGAAUUAAGGCUUCUUUGGAUGGUCUUUAAGCUGGGAUGUUAGCAUAGAUUCGCUUCUGCAAAGAACAUGACCUGUAUACAUGGUUUUAAUUGCUAAAAUAUUUAUCUGGGCUACUGGGUCAGGCACUGACCGAACAUACUUAUAGGCUGAGGUAUUGUUUUUAGUGGUUUUGUUUUUUAACAAAAUCAUCCAUUUUUCCCCUCAAAUAAAUCAAUAAAUCAUUGUUUCUUCAUCACAUGGCCAUUGCUGAUGUGAUUGUCAAUCUAGACUUCAGGGAAAACCAAGCUUCCUAUGUCUUUAUAGCUCUUCCCUGGCAGUCGCUGUCCUUUUUCUUAACAGAAAGAUUCUAUAUAUUUACUAUAUUAUUUAUACCCAGAUGGAUAUUUUGAUAGCAACUUGAGACAAUUUCACGUCUUAAAAAUUGACACCUCAUUGGAAAAUUAUUCAUCAUUUCUCUGGAAAAUGAAUGGGACUUUUUUUUUUUUUAGCCAAUACCAAAAUGAUGUAUAUUUGCCUUCCCUAAAUAAACUGAAAGGGUUGCCUCAGUAACUUUUACAUGUUUUGGGUAACUGGAUAGUGGAUAUUUAAAUGCACUUUGUACACUUACAGGUUCUAAGUAAUAGGGUCUAAAACUCAGUUUCUGAGUUUUUAAAAAUCAUGAUCUCCAAAUACCAAUAAAUGCUACAGUUUGCCUUAUGAUGUUCACGUAAAACAUUUAUUAAAAAGACACUAUUUCCAUGAAUAUAAUGUUUUUUUCAGGAUGAAGAUAUUACUACUCAAAUUUUCACUGCAAGUUAUUUAGGGUAUGUUUUGGCUAUUUUUCUAAGGAUACGACAGAUUAUGUUAUAAUUUUGUUGUGGAAGUCUCACUCUUGGCUAACUUAAAAACAUUGUGGAUGUAGCAGUUACUAUUUCCAGGUUGUCAUAUUUACAGGAAAAUAUGUAUAUGGUGAAAGGCUACAGUGUUUAAUGACUGUAAUGAUGUAGAAAGGAUUUCCAUGUGGAUUUUUUUGAAAGUCUAAAAAUACAUGCUGUAAACAUUUGCUGCAGUAUAAUUGUGUAUUCUCUUUAAAUGGAUUGGGGUCACAAUAUUUUAUUCUUUGAGGUCCUUCACAGGAAGCAUUUCCAUAUGAGACAAAAGAGAUGGCAGUGCCAAUUAUACUAAUAUAACAGAACUGAUUUGACGCUAACCAAGGCUACAAGGGCUGGUAUUGUAAGUGUGCAAAUGGCUGAAUUGCUCAGAACUCUGGCUUCCAAAGGGCCUCAAAGCCUGGUUUCAUGUUCUGUCACUGUCAUGAAAUUCUUGAAAGUUUGAACAAAGGGCCUGUAUUUUCACUUUGCACCGGGCCCUGCAAGUUAUGCAGCCAGAACUUUGAAACAUGGCACCUCUCUUCCUAGUGGAUUGAAAGAAAUCAGAAUCUAAAGUUGAAAGUUACUGACUAUGCCAUUCAAGUAUGAAUCCAAAUGGUGGACUGAGCUGAGGAUGAGCCUACAAGAUUUUCUUUUCAGCUUUGAAAGGAGGCGACUUCAACACUUGAAUGCAGAUGUUCCUGGCAGUUUCUACUGGAGAAGAGGAAAUGGCCUGGAUACUUACAGGCUUUUAUUAUGGUACUGAUAUAUAUAUUGACUUUAAUUUCUUGAGGAACUGAACUAGUGCUUUCUAUUCAAUAUGGAAUUCCAUCUCAUCUUCAGGCACACAUGCAGAUGCCUGCAGAGACACAUGCCUAUAUACUUAUGCACACAUAUAGUGGUGUUGGGAAAGUGACAACUGGUCUACCUUGAUAAAAACAUGAAAAAGCAUAUAAAGACAAUGAUGACAGCUGGAUAAAAUUUUUGAAGACAGUGCUUCUCGUCCAGGGCUUGAUUUGGCACCCAGGCAAUAAUGUAUGGGGUCCAUUUGGGUUGUCAUAACUUGGGGAUGUGUUGCUAAUGGCAUCUAGUGGGUAGAAGUCAAGGGUGACAUUGAGCAUCUGGUGGUGUGCCACAGCUCAUCACCACAGUUAUCUUGUAAAAGGUGUUAUGUCCCAGUUCAGGCACUUGGUUGUUGGCUUUUUUUUAUGUGCAAAAAGAGAAAAAUCUGGAGCUGGCCAAAAUCUUCAUUGUGGUGACUCCUUUAGCUUCAAAACUAUUUACAAAAUACAGCAAUCUAAACUCUGUAAAGCAAUCCAAGCCUGUGAAAAUGGGAAUCCCAGAUAAGCAAUGUAACAAGAAUGAGCUCCAUUGGGAGAGGAAAAGCCAUUUGAAUGCCUCUUUGUACUAGGACAAAUUCAGUCCCAGCCACGAGUGUCACAUUGCUAAGCCCACAGUCCAGACACUUCGCUUGAUUGUUACUGCUUCCUGGUUCAAAAUAAAAUCAUUUUUGUGACACCAA